AUGUCCUUCAAAUUCGACUGGGAAAGUCUGCGUGACGAGUCGUUCUAUGAGCGCGCUAAGACGAUCCUCGCGGACGCGCUGAACUCGGACUCCAAGCCGCCCAUCAUCGUGGACGACAUCACCGUCAAAGACCUCGACCUGGGCGACGAAAGCCCGUUUCUUGAGAUUCUGGAAAUUGGCGACAUGGCAGACGACCGGUUCAGAGGCAUCUUCAAGCUGAAUUACACGGGCAACGCCAGCCUGACACUGACCACAAAGGUCCAAGCCAACCCGCUCAACGUGUACCGACAGAGCUUUGACCAGAGCUCGUUUGUGGCACCACAGUUCCUCGCGGCCGGCAGCUCUCUGGCCAUUCCGCUCAACCUGACACUCUCCGACAUCCGUCUCUCGGGAAUCAUCAUUCUGGUCUUCUCCCGAGCCAAGGGCCUGACUCUGGUGUUCCGAAACGACCCGCUGGAGAGUAUCAAGGUGUCCUCAACCUUCGACGCCAUCCCCCCGCUUGCCAAAUUUCUCCAGGUCCAGAUUGAAAACCAAAUCCGAGGCCUGUUCCGGGAAUUGCUACCGGGCAUCAUCCACAGACUGUCGCAAAAGUGGGUCACCAGAGACGAGACAAAGUCCAACAGCAACACGGUCAUGUCUCCCCACGUGACCCAACCCCCCUCGCCAAAGCUCAAACCCGUGUCCAUCAUGGACAUCAACCCGGACCUGCCUGCGCUGUCGCCUACUAACAUGCUCAAGAUCUCUGCGCUGUGCGCCUCCCAGCGAACCCUGUCGCUCUUUACCCCCUCCAUUUCCGAUGCAGUCUACCGGUCCAACCUGGAGCAAUUUGACGUGGUCGACGAGGAGUCACAGUUCCAGAGCGAGGACCCGUACGAUAUUGUGCGUAUCCAGAGCAGAAACUACUACCGGCAUAACCACCAGGCUCCCAAGAGACGAACCAUCAAGUACAAGCGCAAGUCGAAGAAGACUGACGAGGGCGACAAUGCUUCCACCGAGGUCACCACUCGAGAAACAACCCCGUUGCCCACCUCCUCCACUCCGCUUGAGACGUCCACUCCCUCUAGAGAGGUCAUUCGAGAAGUCAAGGAGAAGUUGCUGGCUGAGCCGUCCUCGGUGGUCAUGUCCCCGUCUGAAGAGAAGACUACUCUGCGAUCCAUCCCGCCUCCCCUAGAACUAUCUCCUCCCUCUCUGGAUCUGUCCAUUGACACUUCUCUGCGGCCCUAUGCUUCCAGAAACAACACCCCCGAGAAGAAGGAGAAGCCGCAGAGACCUGCAGGGCCCAGCAAGAGAAACACACUGCCUGCGCCGACAAAGAAGGGUCCUGGGUUCUUUUCGUCGAAUCUAGCGGGUUAUGAUGUGCCCCCUCCGGCCUAUUCGGGUUAA